AUGCAGAUCCAAGCUCUAGCGGCGCUGCUGGCCGUUGCGUUGGCUCCACGCAGCUCUGCCGCCUGCGACGGCUUCGACCAACUUCGCGCAGCUCUCAAUGCCAACAGCAACGGCCUCGCGGACUCGCUGACGGCCUGCGUGGCUCCGCUGCUGUUCGCGCCGGUCAAGUGGCUCCCGACGGACCAAGCGCACGAGUUCUGCCGCCAGGACGCGUGUGUCCGCGCCGUGGCGCAGCUGAAGAAGCUCCCGCUCUGCAUGCGGUACAGCUCCAUCCCGUCCGGCAGCGACGCCAACACGCUGGCCAUCGCGCAGCAGGAAGGACACCGAGCUAACUACAGGACCAUGGCCGGGCGUGGACGCGAGCUCACUCUGCCCGCGUGGAUGAAGAAGCAGCAGGCGGGAGGCCCCGCCCCAGGUGCUGGCGCCGCGCAGCCCCCGCCCCCGCCGCCCCCGUCGCGCGGCGGCGCGUACCCUCCCCCUCCCCCCCAGCACCAGCAGAUGCCGCCGCCGGCGCCCUCGCAGUUCGCCGACGCCCCCGAGGCGAGCAACGACAGCCGCCCGCCCGCUGAAGCCGACGACCGGCGCCGCAGCUCGCACCGCAGCAGCAGCCGCCGCAGCCGGGAGCGCUCCCCGCACCGCCGAGACCGCAGCCGCAGCCGGGAGCGGCGGUCUUCGCGCCAUCGCUCCUCGCGUGACCGUCGCAGCCGCAGCCGGGAGCGCGAACGCCGUCGCUCUCGUGAUCGCUCGGACCGCCGCUCGUCGAGACGCAGCCGCAGUCGCUCGCGCUCGUCGACGCGCAUCGUGCGCCGCCGCAAGAAAUCCAACUUCGACGUGCGUCCGCCCGGAGUGACGGAGGAGAACGCCGCGGCCUACGCGGCGCAGGCCAUCCUGCAGCAGAACAUGGCGGCGCUGUCGAGCUCCGUCGGCCCAGCGUCGUUCGGCGCGCCACAGGCUUCGUCGAUGCCCUCUACUGGAAAUGCACCGUCGGCGCAGCCGAUGUACAACCAUUCGCACCAGGGCAACGCGGCGUAUGGAUUUGCAGGCCAGUCGCAGCAAACGCGCCACGCGCGCCGGUUGUAUGUCGGCGGCAUCGGAGAAAUCUCGGAGCCCGAGAUCACCGCGUUCUUUAACGAUGUCAUUGACCGGGCACUUGGAGAGAAGCAGGAAGGUGGUUCUGUGGUGUCCGUCUACAUCAACCGCGAGCGCCACUUCGCUUUUGUGGAGCUGCGCACCAUUGAGCUCACGACCGCGUGCAUGAACCUCGAUGGAGUGUCGUACAACGGCCAGCCCCUGAAGAUCCGCCGACCUAACGAUUACAACCCCGCCACUGUCCCCAAGGACCUCGGCCCGAUUCCGCAGCUCAACCUGGCAGCGCUCGGUAUUGUGUCGACCACUGUGAGCGACGGCCCGGGUAAGAUCUUCAUCGGCGGUCUCCCGUACCACCUUAAUGAAGAGCAGGUGAAGGAGUUGCUGCAAGCGUUCGGUCCGCUGCGUUCGUUCCACCUCGUCAAAGAGCUCAGCUCCAACCUUUCCAAGGGCUACGGGUUCUGCGAGUACAUGGAUAUCAACGUGACGGACGCCGCGUGCCUCGGAUUGAACGACAUGCGCCUUGGUGACAAAACGCUUACUGUUCGCCGCGCAAUGUCCCAAGAGAACGCCAAGGCUGUCGCAAGUGCAGCAGGUACGGUGAACACAGGCCUGGAAAUGGGAUUGGACCCGUCGCGCGCCGCAAUGCAGGCUAUGAGUUUGGCAGGCAUUCCCAGCCUGCCACUCGGUACGCCUUCCCGUGUGAUUGUGCUACUCAACAUGGUUACUCCGGAGGAGCUCGAGGAUGAGGAAGAGUAUGCCGACAUUUUAGAUGACAUCAAGGGUGAGUGCGAGCGCUUUGGUGCUGUGCCGUCACUGUUGCUGCCGCGUCCCCGAGACGGAAUCCCCAGCGCCGUCGGUAAGGUCUUUGUUGAGUUUGGCGAUGUGCAGUCAGCCCAGAGCGCGGCGACAGAGCUGCACGGCCGUGGAUUCUCAAACAGGACAGUGGCAGUCGAGUUCAUGGAUGAGGGAAAGUAUGCGCGCAGGGAGCUUGCGUAG